AUGGAAGGCCUGCUUGAUGUUGCCUCUUUUUCUACCAAACUUCAAAACACUCUCAUCCAGUACCAUAGCAUAGAAGAUGAUAAAUGGCAAGUUGCAAAGAAAAUGAAAGAUGUGACAGUUUGGAGAAUACCUUCAGAAGAAUUUAAUGGUUAUCUCUACAAAGCCCAAGGUGUUAUAGAUGACAUUUUUAAUAGAGUAAUAGACCAUUUAUGUCCAGGGCCCUGGCGCUUGGAUUGGGACCGUUUAAUGACUACAUUGGAUCUUUUGGAGUACCUUGAAGAGAAUUGCUGUGUUAUGUGUUAUACUACUGCUGGUCAGCUUUGGAAUAUAGUUUCCCCAAGAGAGUUUGUUGACUUCUCCUACACUGUGGGCUAUGAAGAAGGACUUUUAUCUUGUGGGAUAAGCCUUGACUGGAGUGAAAAGAGAACAGAAUUUGUUCGCGGAUAUAACCAUUCCUGUGGUUGGUUUUGUGUCCCACUUAAAGACAACCCAAAUCAGAGCCUUUUGACAGGCUAUAUCCAGACAGAUCUACGUGGAAUGAUCCCUCAAUCUGCAGUAGAUACGGCCAUGUCAAGCACUUUAACUAACUUCUAUGGUGAUUUAUGA